CUCGGUGUCUGCGCCGGCCUGCUCUGGACCGCCCAGGGGACCAUCAUGAUGAGCUACCCCCGCGAGCACGAAAAGGGUCGCUACAUCUCGUACUUCUGGAUCAUCUUCAACCUAGGCGCCGUUAUUGGUGGCUUGGUCCCCCUCGGUCAGAACAUCAACAGCAAGGCCGGACCCGUCACCGACGGCACCUACAUCGGCUUCAUCGUGCUGAUGUUGCUCGGUGCCCUCCUUGCCCUGGCUCUUUCCAACGCCACGAACGUGGUGCGCGACGACGGCAGCAAGGUGAUUCUCAUGAAGAACCCCAGCUGGAAGACCGAGAUCAUGGGCCUAGUUGAGACCAUCACGCAGGCGCCAUGGGUUAUUCUGCUUUUCCCGAUGUUCUUCGCCUCCAACACCUUCUACACCUACCAGCUCAACAUCAUGAACGGCGCCCACUUCAACACGCGCACGCGCGCACUGAACUCGGUCCUGUACUAUACCAGCCAGAUCUUUGGCGCCAUUGUCUUUGGCUAUGCCCUGGAUUAUGGAAAGGCCCGCCGUUCUAUCCGUGCCAAGGCGAGCUUGAUUGCUCUCGCUGCUCUGACCUUCAUUAUCUUUGGAGGCGGCUGGGCCUGGCAGAGGAAGCAGGACCCCCGUGAGGUGACGAGUGCGCCUGGCUACGCGGGAUUGUAUGACUGGACCGAUGGCGGCGAAAAGUACAUUGGACCCAUGUUCCUCUUCAUGUUCUACGGCUUCUACGACGCCGCCUGGCAAACAUGCGUCUACUGGUAUAUGGGCGCCCUCAGCAACUCGGGCCGGAAAGCCGCCAACCUUACCGGCUUCUACAAGGGCAUCCAGUCAGCCGGAGCCGCCAUCUUCUGGAGGUUGGACAGCCUUGAGAAGCCGCACGAUGUCAUUUUUGGCGCAACCUGGGGUCUCUUGGCUGCCUCGCUUGUCUUUGCUACCCCUGUGAUCUGGUUGAUGGUGAAGGAUACUGUCCCUAUUGAGGAUGAUCUGAAGUUCAGCGACGAGACCAUCCAGGAUGUCGCACCGACCAAGGAGAUCGAGGCUUUGGGUCUGUCCAAGGAGGUGGAAGCCUAGGGGACAGUGGGUUUUUAUUUAGCAACGAAUCUGACAGGGCCUAGACUUUGCGGGUCUGGGAUUUAUUGCACAACGUUGCGCAUUCUGUUUACUACUACGCAUUUAGUUCCUGCCUGAGUCUUCCCGAGAAUCUCUAUGAUACCAAUUAUUUCUCUUAUCUAUUCUAUUUAAUUGUGAGCUUUUGGUAGACUCGGUUGGAUCGAUGCAUCUACGAC